UUGAACAGUCAAAGCAAUAUAGAAGCCUUUUAAUAAGUUUUCACUAACAAAAGUUCACUUAUAAAAUUUUACCGAGUAUUAAUUUUGACAAGAAGAUAUUUUGAGAGACAUUCGAAGCAACAAUGAGAUCUCUGAUCGUUGUAUUGUUCGCUUGUGCCGCUGCAGUCUCAGCGGACCUAUUUUGUACACCUGGACUACGAUACAAGGAUGAAUGCAACAUUUGUCACUGUUCACCGGAUGGGAAGAGAGCAGCUUGCACCGACAUGCUCUGCCCAUCAGGUUUUGCUGGUAGCAGCAGCCCACUUAGAAAAGCCGAACAGUUCUGCGAGCCCAACCAACGUUUCCAGCUGAGCGCAGUCAAUGACUGCACUUGCACCAGCGAUGGUCAGCAUGCGAUGUGCACUCUGGGUUUCAAUCUCGUCAAGGCAAGGACUUACAGUCUCGACGAGGGAAAGAAGUACUGCGAGCAGGGUGAAACCUUCAGCCCAGAUAACUGCAACAUCUGCAAAUGCAGCAAAGAUGGUCAAUCCGCUUUGUGUACCCUGAAAUACUGCUUCAACGACGAAAAGUUCGAUACUGAAAACGGAGUAGUUCCUGCAGCACCGAGACAGAUUUGCGAGCCUGGAAGUGAAUACAAAGACUACUGCAACACGUGCCGUUGCUCAAGGGACGGCACUCAAAAAGCUUGCACGAAGAUGUUCUGCGACCCAGAAAUUUGGAAUGCUGAUGGUAGCUUCAAGGACGAGUCAUUGAAUACCGGUAGAUCAGCAGGAGUGAAACAAAUUUGCGAGCCGAUGACCAGAUUCAAGGACUACUGUAACACCUGCAUCUGCUCUGAUGAUGGAACCAUGAAAGCCUGCACCAAAAUGUACUGUCCCCCUGGUAUUUGGAACGCCGAUGGUAGCUUGAAAGAAAUAGUGAAGGCAGCUGGUCGAAGUGUUGAACCUGCAAAACAGAUAUGCAAACCAAAAACCACAUUCAAGGACUACUGUAACAGCUGCAUCUGCUCCAAUGACGGAACCAUGAAGGCAUGUACCAAAAUGUUCUGUCACCCAGACCUCUGGAACGCCGAUGGUACUUUGAAAGUAACACCCAAAGUACUUCGCACCGCAGUAGAGGAGCCGAAAAGACAAAUUUGUGAGCCUGGAAAACCAUUCAAGGAAGUGUGCAACCACUGCGCUUGCUCUGACGAUGGAACCAUGAAAGCCUGCACCAAAAUGUACUGUGACCCAAAAGUUUGGAACGAAGAUGGUAGCCUCAAGACGAAAACUGUGCAAGCUUCCAAGCAAAUUUGUGAACCGAUGACCACAUUCAAGGACUACUGUAACACCUGCAUCUGCUCUGAAGAUGGAACCAUGAAAGCCUGUACCAAAAUGUUCUGCCACCCAGACCUCUGGAACGCCGAUGGUACUUUGAAAGUAACACCAAAAGUACUUCGCACCGCAGUAGAGGAGCCGAAAAGACAAAUUUGUGAGCCUGGAAAACCGUUCAAGGAAGUGUGCAACCACUGCGCUUGCUCUGAUGAUGGAACCAUGAAAGCCUGCACCAAAAUGUACUGUGACCCAGAAGUUUGGAACGAAGAUGGUAGCCUCAAGACGAAAACUGUGCAAGCUUCCAAGCAAAUUUGUGAACCGAUGACCGCAUUCAAGGACUACUGUAACACUUGCACCUGCUCCGACGAUGGAACCAUGAAAGCCUGCACGAAAAUGUUCUGCCAUCCGGAUAUCUGGAACGCUGAUGGUACUUUGAAAGUAACGCCAAAAGUACUCCGCACCGCACCAGUAGAAGAGCCAAAAAGACAAAUCUGUGAGCCUGGAAAACCAUUCAGGGAAAUGUGCAACUACUGCGGCUGCUCAGAUGAUGGAACAAUGAAAGCCUGCACUAAAAUGAUGUGCAGCCCAGCGAUCUGGAAUGAAGAUGGAAGCCUAAAAGAUCAGACAAAAAGUUUAAACGCUCCCAAGCAAAUUUGUGAACCUCGAAGCACCUUCAAAAACUACUGCAACCGAUGCACCUGCUCUGAUGACGGUACCAUGGCUGCAUGCACAAGAAUGAUGUGCCCUCCUGGCAUUUGGAAUAAGGACGGCUCACUUGUCAAACCCUGGUCUGAAGUAAACAUCAAUGAAAUCCAAAAGCAUGGUCCUCUGUACAAACAAGGAGAUGCCUGUGAACCCGGUCAAUCAUUCUACAGCUUGUGCAACUACUGCGUUUGUCGAGCCGAUGGCAAGAGCGCCUACUGCACAUUGAAGAUGUGUUAUUAAAGCAAGUGCCAAUAAUUUAGGAACAUAUACUCAAUUUUUUUCAAAUAUUAAUUCCAAGUUACGGAUAUUCCCAUUGGAAUGAUGAAACCUCAUAUAGCAACUGUAUCAUGUUGCGCACUCUAUAAAGAUAUACUGUGAUAUCAUUAUAAUAUAGAUAGUUUUUCAAUUAAAUAAUUAAAUAUUCAAUUUUAUGAAUGUAUAGAUAGUCAGAACUGUUAUAAUUAUUACACAUGCACUUGUUGAUUUAUAACUGAAUGCUCAUAGCAUUUUUCCAAUUACAAUAAAAAUAAAAAUUAAAAAUA